GAUAUGGAAGAGGAAGGCACUCUAGGACGAGCAGAUAACCUAAAACAUGCCGGAAAUCCAUCACCGUCAAAAUCCUCGCCGUACAGCCUUUACUUCAAGGGUUUGGUUAGUGAGGAGACGACGGAGUUAUCGGCAGAAUUUAGGGUUGCAAUUUGCGGCUACAAGGAUGGUCUGAUGUUUCAGAUGAAGGGUCCAAUUCAUGAUUCACUAAUCACACUUUUGGAAGCUGAGCUUAUGGCAUUAAAGUGCGGAUUAAGCGAAGCCGUGAGUUUGGGGAUCAAUCAUAUCUCAAUCUGUUGCGAUAACAAUCAGAUUUUCGAAUGGGUCAUGGGGAGAUCCGUGCCUCAGCAAGAAAACAUUGCCUUGCUAAUCCGUGAUGUACAAGGUAUCAGGAAACGUUUUACUUCUAGCAUCGCGGUUCGGGUGACUCGAAAUCAAGUUGAAUUUGCCUAUAAAGUUGGAAUGGAAGCAAUCUGUUCUAAGACCAAAAUAGCUAUGCCUACUCUGUUUCAUCCGGGAAAGAUAGAUGUGCCUGCGCUGUUUCAUCCGAAAAUGACUUGCAGUAUUUGUUUCGACGAUGACAUCAAUGCGGAUCAGAUGUUUUCUGUUGAUAUAUGUUGUCAUGUGUUUUGUUCCGAAUGUGUGAGACGACAUAUAGAGGUGAGACUAGCCGGUGGAUAUUCGGUGACAUGUCCUCAAUAUCGCUGCAAAUCUAAGCUGACUUAUGGACGUUGUGUCAACAUUUUGACACCUAAACUAAAAGAGAUGUGGGAACAAAGGAUCAGAGAGGACGCGAUUCAUGUAACGGAUAGAGUUUACUGCCCAAACCCGACGUGCUCAGCUUUAAUGUCACUAACCGAGCUGUAUCAACUCACUGGAAGUAAGAGAUGUUGUGUCAAAUGCGGUGAACCCUUUUGCAUCAAGUGUAAAGUUCCGUGGCAUAAUAACUUGUCGUGCAAACGUUACAAAGAGUUGCAUUCAAAUCGUGCGACAAACGAUAACAAGCUUACACAGCUAGCAAAUCAGAAAAGUUGGCGUCAAUGCAGCAAGUGCAAACAAAUGAUUGAACUUUCUGAAGGAUGCGUCCACGUAAUUUGCAGAUGUGGACAUGAGUUUUGCUACGGAUGUGGAGCCGAUGCUGGAUCUUGCUCUCAUGGUCAUGCCUAUUACUUUUCGUAUGAAGAUCUAGAGCCAGAAGUCCUAGGGCUAAUGCUAGUCAGUAUUGUUGCUGUUAUUAUGAUAUUCUUCAUAAGAUAGUUUAUAUAAUAGAACAGUGUAAUCAGUUGUGUGCUCUGUUUUUAAGGACUUGCUUUGAGCAGAAAGUGAUUAGACUAGACCAAUAACUAGAGAUUAUUAAACUUA